AUGACCAACACAAGUUUUCCAGUGGGCUUCAUCCUUCUAGGCUUCUCUGAAUGGCCUCAGUUGGAAAACAUUCUCUUCUGGAUUGUGGCAGUCUUCUACAUCAUGAUCAUUUUUGGCAACUUGAUGAUCAUUGUGCUCUCUUGUGUAGACCCUCGCCUUCACACACCAAUGUAUUUCUUUCUUAGCAAUCUUUCCUUUUUGGAGCUUUGCUUUACCACAACCACAUUGCCUCAGAUGCUGUCAAACUUGUGGGGGCCUGACAAGACCAUCACUUACACGGGCUGUGUAAUACAACUCUGUGCUUUCCUCUGUCUUGGUGCCACAGAAUGUGUCUUGCUGGUAGUAAUGGCCUUUGACCGCUAUGUUGCUGUCUGCAAUCCGCUGCGCUACACCAUCAUUAUAAAUCCUCUUCUCUGUUGGAAGCUUGCCCUUGUGGCCUGGCUGUCUGGCCUGGUGGAAUCUCUGAUCCAAUCUCCUAUAACACUCCAGAUGUCCUUCUGUGCCCACCACCACAUAGAUGACCUUCUCUGUGAGGUGCCUGCUCUGAUACGACUGGCAUGUGGAGAUACCUCUUCUAAUGAGUGGCAGAUAACCAUCUCUGCCAUCCUCCUCACCAUCUUGCCUGUUGGAUUGAUCCUAACUUCUUAUGGCUAUAUAGCUAAAGCUGUGAGGAAAAUCAAGUCAGAAGAUGGCAGGAAGAAAGCCAUUGGAACCUGCUCCUCCCAUCUUCUGGUGGUCUUCAUGUUUUAUGGGACAGUGGCAAUGGCUUAUACAGACCCUAAAAACAGUUUUGCUUCUGAACAUGGCAAAUUCUUCACUUUCUUCUACACUGUGAUCACACCACUGCUGAAUCCACUUAUCUAUACUCUGAGGAAUAAAGAGGUAAAAGAGGCUCUGCAAAGAUUUCUGAAGAAGUGGAUCAAGCAAUGA